AUGCAAAUUGAGAAGAGCAUGGGGCCUAUGAUCGAGUCUUGGGGACACAAAUUAACCCUGUCCUGUCCCCCUGCAGAGCCCCAACUGAAAGGCAUUGUCACGAGACUCUACAACCGGCAUGGCUUCUACCUCCAGAUGCUUCCGGAUGGCACCAUGGACGGCACAAAGGACGAAAGCAGCUCCUUCUUGCAGUUCAACUUGAUUCCUGUGGGCCUGAGGAUAGUAGCCAUCCAGAGCACUAAGACAGGGCUCUACAUUGGGAUGAACAGCGAUGGAUACCUCUACACUUCGGAACACUUCACCCCAGAGUGCAAGUUCAAAGAGAGUGUGUUUGAGAACUACUAUGUGACAUACUCGUCCAUCCUGUACCGGCAGACCCAGUCGGGCAGGGCCUGGUACAUCGGCAUCAACCGGGACGGGCAGGUCAUGAAGGGCAACAGGGUCAAGAAGACCAAGGGGGCCGCCCACUUCCUGCCCAAACUCAUCGAAGUGGCUAUGUACAGGGAGCCGUCACUACAUGAAGUGGUGGUGGUCGCCGAGCUGAGUUCGCCCAGGAAAAUGGCCAAGGCCUCCGAUUCACCUGUGCUGCAGAACGGCAAAAAAGACCCGCCCUCAAAAACCAAAACCUCCUAGCGCACAGAGAACACAGAGGCGGUCAUACGGGCACUGGGCACUGGCAAGGGCACCUAAAGGAACUACAGGGAUGAUAUAUAGAAGCAAUGGAGCUACUUGAUGGUAGCAUUAGAAGAACUCUAUCUCCCAUAAUGCAAUAGUGAAGGGUUGGGGAAAUAAAUGCCAAUGGAACCCUUCUUUAAAGACAUGGUGUCCCCCCCACCCACUGCAGCCCCCUCCCCUUCUCUUACCCAACACCGCCCCUGUAUGAGUCUGAGAUUUCAGAGCAAUAAAACUUGAGGAAUGAGGCUGGGUGCGUCGUAGCAUGCACUGGUCACGUCACAACUAUAUACACAUCCACUACGGGAAAUUCCUGGAAAGAAGACCGACACCUGUCAUCAGCAUCGUCUGUUUUUAAUCUACGUCACUUCACAACGAACAAUGUCUUCCUGUUUUUAUUACACAGGGUUGUCACGGUUAAAUGUUUCCCCCCUGCCCCACUGAGCAGCGGGGGGGGGUCCUAUUGUUCUACAUUCCCAAAGCUUCCAUCCAUACUAAUGUAAGGUUGAUCCAGGAUGCGUCUGCACCCUAUUUUCAAUAUAGUGCACUACUUUGUGUGGGUUGUGGUCAAAAGUUGUGCACUACAAAGGGAAUAGGGUGCCAUUUUGGAUGCAAGCCCAAAACAUCCUUUUGUUCUUAGUUAUCGGUUAGCAGGUCUUCUCUGUCCGUCAGCACCUUUGUGACCAUAGCUAUGUAUCUCCUCCAUACUUAAAAAAAAUAUAUAUAUUUCCCUCGUUAACCUCAGUUUUCCACUCGGCAGCACAAGAAAAACACUCCUUGUUCCUCUCUAGGGCUGUUUAACAGCAGCUUCCACUGAUCAAAAUCUCCCCAACUCUUGAAAGAGAGAGAGAAACCUCCCUGCUGCACUGAACUACACACACACACACGAUUGUGUUCACACACACACACACACCGGCUGGGCAGCAGAGGGAGAGGGUGAUUGUGUGCGGGUCAGAGGUUGAAGAAUGAUGACGAUAUAAUCAGUGAGAUGGUGUAGAUGUUCUGGGAGUCUGUUUGUCCAUGUAGGUUAUUAUUAAACUGACUGCUUUACCCUCUCUGUGCCCAGCCAUGCGUUACACCAUCCUUUAACCACACUAGAUCAUUUCUCUAGCUCAUGUCCCUAACAUGCUGACCACACCGCCCGCGUCGCGUGCGCAAGCAUUGCAAAACAAAUGUACACAUACAUGUUAUUCAAUCAUUGCACCCACACUGCUAGCCAGGUGCUAGAAUAGAACUUGGUUCUAUUUGUGACGCUUGAUGCGCUACAAGUCUCGCCUCUCCUAUCUCCUAUUGGUUUUUAGGAGCAUAUUCCCACGUGGGCGAUUGAAAAAUGAACUGAGAGCCACACUCCAGUCCUGUUGGAACCUGUGCAUUUCAGGUAAAAUAACAACCCAAUUUUUAUAUCCCAGGACAAAUUAACUAGCAACAGC